AUGGCCAACAAAAUCAACAAAAACAACAACAACAACAUCAAACCCCACAUUAUCCAACUUUUAACCAAACCCAUUCCCGUUAUACUGCUGAAAGAGCUCCCUUCACCAAUCAACCUCAACACACACUACCACAACGUUAUAUUGGGAAUGAUUUUGGAAUAUUAUGCACAUUCUUCCAAUUAUCCAACAUUUAAUAAAGAAGAAUAUCUAUGGGAAUUGAUUGAGUAUUUUAUAUUCAAACUAAUAGAAAAAACAAAAUUGGAAAUACAAAAACUAUUAAAUAAAUUAUCCAUUUUCGAAAAAAAAACUAUUUUUAAAAAGAUAUUUUUCAAUAAUGAAUGUUAA